GGGCUGGCUGAGGUUGGUGGGGUUGUGCCCCACUUAUCCUAAGGUACCAGUCUCCACUGCAUAAUCAUCAUCACCACCACCUGCCCUGGUUGGUGCAUGCAGUGGGGCUGUGAACGCAGUGGUAACAUCACUUGAGGACACCCCUAUGUAAGCAUCUUCUGGCGCCUGUCCUGGUUUCCAUGGCAACAGGAUGCUGCAACAAAGGGGUGACUGGCAUAGCAGGUACCAUAAUACCAGAGGCUGAAGAGGGCAGAAAGCAUGUCAACCUUGACAAGACCUUUGUACUGCUAACCCGUACUGCCACCAGAAGCAGUAGCCUCUCCCUUUUCUUUUGCUUUGCACCAAGUGUUUUUGCGUGGUUGGAAUCUGCCUGCUAAAGCCUCUUGCCAGUGGUGUAGCAUGGGUUGCCAGCCCCCAGGGCUGUGUGGAGUUGGAGGGAGAGAAACAGAUGGCGUUUGCAUGUCCAUUCAACUGCCUAACGGUGUCUGCGUCACCCAGGAGAUUGCAGCUGCAGAGAAAAGAAGAGUCGUUCUGUUGUCUGGAGCGGUCACUUCCUGGUUCGCAUGGAGAAGCCAUUUUCAAUUAAGCCCAGCUACAGAAGCACGCAGUUGUAUUGUGGCAGCACCAGGGUUGAAAUUUUGCGCCCCCUAACAAUGUGGUACCUGGGGCAACCACCUACUAUCUCUUGUCCGUCUGAAUGGAGGAGAGUGGAGAGGGGUGUGUGAGCAUUUGUAGAAACUAGAGAUGUAGGUAGAAUUUACAUUCAUUGCCCCACCCACUUUUGCCUCUGGCCCCUCCCCCAACGGCAUGUGACCCCUAGAAAUUUCCCAGAAGAGAAUGCAACCCUCAGGUCGAAAACGGUUCCCCACCCCUGUAGUAAACGAAAACACAGGAUCUGAUGUCAUCUUGUUUCCAUCUUGUCAUCUCAAGUUUCCUUGAGGCCCCCCCCCCAACUUUAUAGACUGGCAUCAGUAGAAGCAGGAAAACACAGGCGCAAGGUCACACCAUAGUGUUUUUGUUGACUGCCUAGAUAUUGCCUGGAGACAAGGGAAGGGGAGAGGAGACAGUGGACUGCUUCUUUUGGCUGCUGCACAGAGAUCUCCACAAUGCCUAUUUCCAGACUUAGGUAUGGGAAGCAUGCACAGCCCACAUUCAAAGACAAACCAACUGUGAUUACCAGAUGCCUGGAGAAAAGAACAUGAUGAUUAUUGGGUGCAGAGAUUUUUGACCUUUGAUCCAACAAGGCAAGUUUUAUGUUCUUUUGCACAGCUCUGCCCUUUCAGGUUAUUGUUCUGCUCUCUCCUUCCAAUGUCUUGGCUGUUUGUGCUAUUAAAUAAGAACAUGACAUACUUAUUAUUUACCUUAGUCUAGUGCAAAGAUGGGCCAGGCUGGCAAUACAUUACGAGCUGGGUUGCCAUUGUUAGCCAAAUACCUUAAUUGCACGCAGUAGUUAGCAAACCUGCAUUGUAUUUUCAAGAACCCAGCUAUAAUCCUGAUUCACAGCUGUUAUAUAAAAAAGAGAGGUGCCAGCACUCAGCUUCCCUGGAAAACAUCGUCCUCUUACCUUGAAGCGCACACACAGAUAAACACACACACAUUCAUACAGGGGCCGCUUUUAAUAUUUUAAUAAAUAUAUUAAUAUUUCUGCUUCGCUCUCUCCUCUUCCCACAAUUUCUCAUUAUCGUUCUCAAUGCCCUCUCCAUAAAAUCUUUCUCUUUUAUUAGAGCAGAAGGGUGGAGAGGGCAUCGAGAGAGAGAAGGAAAAUGAUGGAGAGGGAGAAAUGGAAAGAUGAAUAUAUAUUCAUUAGAAGUGGCCCCCAUAUAGAUGUGUCUUCUCAGUCCUUUUCUGCUGAUUUGCCAGGUUUCCAGGACAGUAGCAUAGCAUGGGGGCAGUUGCCCUGGGGGCAGAAUUGUUUGGGCACGAAAUUUCAACACCCAGUGCUGCCUCAGUAGAGCUGCACAUUUCUGGUUCUGGGUUCCGUUGAAAAUGGCUUCUCCAUGCAAACCAAUAUAUGACCUCUCCAGACAAUGGAAUGACUCUUCUUUUCAUAACUGUGGCUACAAUCUCUUGGGUGACGUGGACGCCGUUAGGUAGUUGAAUGAGCAUGUGUACUCCGUCUGCUUCCCUCCCACUCACCCCCUCUGCAUGACCCCGGGUGCUAGCAACCUACGCUCCGCCACUGCUCCAGGAUAUCCAAGUGCUGACAUCUCUGGAAAGUCUAAAAUCUGAAACCUGGAAGCAUAGUUUCAAGGGGCAGAGUCCAAAUUCCAAAGCUUGACUUAGCAGAAGGCAAAUAAUAAUAAUAAUAAUAAUAAUAAUUUAUUAUUUAUACCCCGCCCAUCUGGGCGGCUUCCAACAAAAUAUUAAAAUACCAUAAUACAUCAAACAUUAAAAGCAUCCCUAAACAGGGCUGCCUUCAGAUGUCUUCUAAAAGUCUGGUAGCUGUUGUUCUCGUUGACAUUUGGUGGGAGGGCGCCACUACCGAGAAGGCCCUCUUCCCUGUAACUUGGCUUCUCGCAGUGAGGGAACCGCCAGAAGGCCCUCGGCGCUGGACCUCAGUGUCCAGGUAGAACAAUGGGGGUGGAGACGCUCCUUCAGAUAUACUGGACUGAGGCCGUUUAGGGCUUUAAAGGUCAGCACCAACACUUUGAAUUGUGCUCAGAAACGUACUAGGAGCCAAUGUAGGUCUUUUAAGACCGGUGUUAUGUGGUCAAUCCAGUUUGGUGUAGUGGUCAGACUGCUGGACUACAACCAGGAAGAACAAAGUUUUCAUCUGAACUUCGCCAUGAAGCUCACUGGAUGACCUUGGGACAGUCCUUGUCUUAAGUUGUGUGAUAUUUGGAUCAUGCAAUUACACUCCUAGAGGAUUACCUGCUUUUGGAGAAGGCUGCCUGUUGCAUCUCUUAAUGAACCAGUCAGGUGGCUUGCCCAUAGCAGUAACUCACACAGAAGUGGUGUGGAGAGAAUGAAGCAGAUCUUUGAUUCAGAAAAGGCAUGCCUCUGUAGUUUGUGAAACACCAACCUAUAGGCUAGAUCAAACUGUAACUGUUCUUGUAGCAUAGGAAUAUAGCUGGAGUGAAGAACCUGUGCCUCUCUAGACCUUCUUGGACUCCAACUCCCAUCAGCCCCAGCCAGCAUAGCCAAUGGUUGGGAAUGAAGGGAGUUGUAGUCCAACAACAUUUGGUGGGCCACAAGUUCCUCACCCAUAGAAUAUAGCCUAUUACAUCCAGAAUAUGGGACUUCCUUGAGCAGAUUCAUAGACCAAUGCCUUCAUUGGGGUUUAAUUUGAGUGACAGCACACCAGGACUCAGCUCUGGGGUCCGUUCUAAAUGCCAAAUCUCAGCCUUCGAACAUGAAGAAAGGUGCAUAUGCAGAGUGCCUCUUCCUCACUACUGAGCAACUAGAUGGGGACAAGGCUUUCAUAUAAGAGAGCAUGCCAGAAUCACAUUUAAUAUGCCUUGUAUAUUAUUACUGUUAUGUGUAUAUUUAUGUGUGCUUUAGCAAUUCACUCACGCAGAAAUGAGCCAGCAUCCAGCUACCAUGUUCUGAGAGCUAAUGGAUUUCCAAGAAAACUCAUCAGAGUGGAAUCAGGGUCUGCAAUAUGCAGCACAAUAGACUGUGUUGGAACCAAUAAGACUCUCAAUGACUGAUUAGGUUGCGCGUCCACUCCAUCUUGGUAAUUGCUUUUCCCAUCUAGAUGAACAGUACAGGCAGCCUGUUCUCAGGUGGUCUCACAGUGGGGUUUAUUGAUACAUAAAUGCAGUGGUUAAUUGCUAAAAUUGAGAGAAGCUGGGGCCCAAAUUGGUUGGGAUGCAAUAUCCCUUAACAAAGACACUGCUCAACCCUAGAUGAGUAUGGGUGUGAUGGCUUGAUUGAUAUUGGAGAAAGGCCUUGUAUACAUGCACUGUGAAAUCACUCCGCCUUCUUGUUUUAUUAUCUAGAUAUCUAUGUGAUUUCUGUUCUGUCCCUCCAAAGGAGACCGGGGCAGCAAGCACCAAAGUAAUAAAAUAGUAUUUUUAAAUGCCAUACAUUUAAAAACAUUUUUGAACAUUAAGAACAUGUAAAAACAAGCCAAUAGUUUCAAGGUUGCCAACAGCUACAGUGAGGGGGGAAAGUAUUUGAUCCCCUGCUAAAUUUGCCUGCUUGUCCUCUGACGAAGAAAUGACCAGUCCAUAAUUUUAAUGGUAGGUUUAUUGUGAGAGACAGGUGCUUCUAAACUCAGCUUGUUACAUACAGUGAAGAUACCAAGUAGCCUGACAUCUGGCUGGUUGAUAGGGGAUCAAAUACUUAUUUCACUCAUUAUAAUGCACAUCAAUCUCUGACUUUUGUCUUCUGGGUUUCUGGGGGUUUUCCCGUUGUUAUUCUGUCUCUCACAGCUACAAUAAACCUACCAUUAAAAUGACUCUUCCUGCAUUUGACACUUCUAGAAAGGAGUUCAGAAUGCCUUCCACAGGUUAGAGAGUUUGCAGUUGACAUCUCUGAAGUUUUGCAUUUGAUUUCAUAGGGAAGGGGGGUUUCUUUGUUACGUACUAAAUUGUCCCUGGCGUUUUUAGCAGGUGCAUUAUGCAAAUUUAGCAGCAAGGGUGGAUAAACUAUGGAAAUUGGUGUGUUAAAAAAAAAGAAGACAACAGAGACACUUUGUAGCCCAGGGAUCAGGUGCUUCAGAGAUUUUGAGUUUACAUGGAAAGCAGCCUGAGUAACUGAAUAUUCUUUGGGCAUCAGACAUUGCUGCACACACUUUAUUUAACCAACCCGGCUAGUGAGUUCACACUCCUCUCCAUCUUCGCUAAAGUAAAUUGAACCCAAUUCUAGUCCUGCUAUUACGUCUUUGGUUCUGUAAACACAAAUUUCAGAAAAGCAAUUAUGUUUGACUCAUGGGAGAGGGUGCAUAUACCUGUAGAGAUGCAGGAGUCAAAAUAAGGAGGCUGGUGUACUUGAAAAAUCGUGCCACAAUAAACCACGACAUCUUUUCUCUGUCGAAUGCAUUUUGGCCAAUCCCUAACAUACGGCAAAGUAAUAUCAACCUAUUAUUGCCUGUUCCACAGAUAAAUAAUAAUGAACAGUCUAGGGAACAGUGGAUUGCACAAGUAUGUACUGUCCAAAGGAAGGAUGUUUGUGCAAUAGCGAAGACAAAAGGACAACAAGUUAAUCAAAGAAAUAUAUAAUCAAGGUAAGCAUUCCGUAUCCCUGACCAUUUCUGAAGCACAUAAGAUGCUAUACACAAGUGGACACAGUGAAUUAGUCAAUAAAAAUGAAGAAUCUGUUUUAAAAAACCUUGCAAACAAGAUUGCCCCAUUUCACCAGCUGAGUCCUCAGUGGAUUUCAAUAGUUUCCGGUUGCAGAUUCGCUGGAUUGAUGCAGAGACAGUCAAAUGUGUUUUACAUGUGAGCGCUCUGGAAAAAAGAGCUUACCAACCAAAUGGGACUGAAAGAACUUGUGCAGGUGUAUCACAAAAUCUUAUGUAGGAUAGAGAUAGAUGUGUCACUCUAUUCUGGUCCAGGGCAGGGAAUAGGCCUGACUCUUACCCUGUGCAGAUGGUCAGAGCUGGAAUCAAGUAGUACAGGAUGUGUCAGGAUGUUUGUUUUGAUCUCACAUUGUUUUUUGUUAGAAGAGACUUCUUUCUUUUGUUGAUAAUUCACUACAACCACAUUUGUUUCAUUAUUUGUUCGUUAGGCUCAUAUUUAUUUUCGUUAUUCUAUUUCUUUUCAUUACCACUGUGUGAUGGCAGCAGUAAAGCUCAUUUUGGCAGCCGUUCUUGGUGGUCACCAUUUUAUUUCCCCAUAAUACCCUGCACAUAGCAUUGUAUCAGGGCAUUCUAGAGGGAAAUAGCAACUUUUAGACAACAACAACAAUUUUAUUAUUUGUAUCCCGCCCAUCUGGCUGGGUUGCCCCAGCCACUCUGGGCGGCUUCCAGCAUAUACAGAAACAUAAUAAAACAUCAAACAUUAAAAAUGGCCCCAGUUCCCUAGCUCUUAGUUUCUUAUGGCAGCCUUUAUUCCACACCCACACACAGAAGGACCCAACACGACGCAUUCUGAGGAAAUAAAAUGUAAUUUGAUUCAUUACUUAUUCACUAGAUUCCCAUUUGAUUCAUAUCUGUUUUCAUUUCUCCUUCCCAUUUUUCUUUUACUUUUAUGUUUCACCAUUCUGGUUGAUCAUCAUUUUAUUUCCCCAGAAUGGCCUGGACACUGCAUCAUUCCAAGGCAUUCUGGUAGUAAAUAGCAACUCAUGUGGCAGCCUUAAUUUCCUCUCCACACCCUCAAAGAAUGCACCAGCAUAUCCUUCAACACUUUGAAGCCAAAAUCCGCGACACCACCUUCCUGGACACCAUCUCCCCAUAGUUUAAGGGUUUGGGGCUGCAUGCAACAUCACAACCCCCAAAAAGCACGUUUCUUGGGGAAUCAUGCCACAAAAUCACAUGAGAUCACAGCAACCAAAAUGGCUGCUGUUCUCUUGCAAUAAAAAACAGGAUGUCCCAUUUUUUCCCAAGGCUCUGCUAAUGACAUCAUGUAGGUGUCAAAGUGAGAGUUUCACAGAUAUGGAUAACAUGUUUAGGUGGCAUAACAUCAUCAACUGGGGAGGCCUGAGGACCACCCAAGGGACAGACUGACCAGGGAUGGUGGUGACUCUUCCAUGGCCACCCAUGGUGUAGGAAAGGAAAGGAAGACAUUCAGUCUGCCUUUAGUCCAGAGGUGGGGAAAUUGUAUCUCUCCAGAAGUUGCUGGACUACAACUCCCAUCAUCCCUGACCAUUGGCUACACCAGCUAGGGCUGAUGGGAGCUAUCUGGAUGGCUACAGGUUCACCACCCUUGCUUUAGUCCAGCCCAAGUGUCACUAAUCCAAUCUCAUUCUGCAUCUUCCGAGGACCAAAUCUGAUUUAUCAGUUCCUAGUGUUUGACCAUACUGCUGAGUCAUUCAAAACAAAGCGUGAAUGAUGCUCCUCAGUGUCCUUUCUCUGUCAUAGCCUUUGAUGCCUCAGAGGAAGCGGGCGUAAAAUAUGCCCAAGAACAUAAGAAGAGACCCGCUGAAUCAGGUUAGUCCAACAUCCUUUUCUUGCAUUGGCCAACCAGAUGCCUAUACAGUGGUACCUCGGGUUAAGAACUUAAUUCGUUCUGGAGGUCCGUUCUUAAUCUGAAACUGUUCUUAACCUGAAGCACCAUUUUAGCUAAUGGGGCCUCCUGCUGCUGCCGUGUCUCCGGAGCACGAUUUCUGUUCUCAUCCUGAAGCAAAGUUCUUAACCCGAGGUACUAUUUCUGGGUUAGCAGAGUCUGUAACCUGAAGCAUAUGUAACCUGAAGCGUAUGUGUUAGAGAUAUCUGGUGGCUGCUCGAGAACAAUCGGGCAAUAUGCCUCAAUGCUCUGUUCUAAAGCUUUCUUAUUGGUGGUAAAAACCUUUAGAACGCAGAGCGCCUCUAUUCCAUGUCUUGCUCAUUCACUGGCAGAAUCUGAGAGUGGGCAGUCCUUAAAUCUUCCCCAGCAGAGUAGUUUCUUGACCCCCAGUCUGCGCCUCCCCUCUCUGCGUGAAAGCUUACUGCGCAAGGAAGGCUUGGGUAACGCGGGACCUCCCUCCUCCCCGCUUUGCUCAGGCAAGGUGUCCUGGCACCGCCUUGCAUCCUCCAAGCCCUGCGCCUCCUCCACUGAGGAAGUGCUGCUUCCCACGAUCUUUGGGGGCUCUCUGUAAUCCAUCCACCUUUUCCCCUCUUGCUCCUGAGCCAAUGGCAGUUCCCAGACAGUAUGUAACCCGAGGUACCACUGUAUUUUGGAAGCAUUUAUCCAACCAAAAAACAUGUACAUAAGUUUGUGUAUGAGGGGAAAGUGUGCAUGAAGGAUGCAUAUAUGUUGGUGAAAACAAAAUACAAAAAUGCCUCCUACUGGGGAAAACUGCUUGCCAGAAUGAGAUGAAAUGAGAUAAAAUCACGUACAAGUAAGUAAUGCUAGGAGAUUUGUUGGCUGGCAUCCGUCUGUCUCGGGAGACAAUGGAAGAGUGCUCCUUUGAGGGGUGAAGUCAAGCCAUUGGAGAGUUACAGUGCUUGCCAUGCCCUAAAAUUCUGAAAUUUCUUUUGUGAGGACUGUUAAACAUAGUAGUCAUAGGCUGGUGCCAGAAUGUGGCGAAUUGAUGGAGAAAUGAGAAGCCAGUGUGGAAGGAUUUGCCCAUCCCCACCUCCAGCCAAAGCACCUAGCUUUUCUCACAGGUGCUCUCCUAGAAUCAGCUGGGGCAAACCAGUUACAGCCUGUUCUAGGUGGGUGACUCACACUCUAAAUACUUGGAACAACCAACAGCCCCAUUGUCCCCCACCUUAAGGCUGUAUCAAAGCCUGAAGAAAUCAGGUCCUCUUCCUUUACUUUCCAUAACAGAGGAGCAUGACUCACAAUGGUUCAUUAUAGGUGCACAAACAUCAACCUCACUUUUCAUUCUUGACAUUCUGUAGACAAUUCUGAAUUAUAGGUUAACUCGGUUGGCACUCAGGUAGCCAAGGUCAGGACAUCCCAGGGAUGGCAAAUAUGAUGGGCUGCGUCUCAGCGAGAUACCUGCUGUCCCUACUAUUUUCGUUCCAGUUAUUUACAUUCCAUUCCCAGAAUGCGCACAAAGAGACACUUGUACAACUCGGACGAAGCCUUAGGAGGAAGAGGGUGGUGACAUCAGAACAGAGCUCCUGUUUUUUUGUUGACAGUAAGGACAGAGAAACCGUUGUUACUUGAGCACUCCAUGAACAUUUUUUGUUUUUUUAAAAAAAUCCUUUCAAAUUACAUACCCCGCCAGGAACACUCCAUUCUGCCAGGAACCUCAUUGUUCCUACCUCUUUGUUGGUAAUUAUAACCUACUUCUGUACUUGUUUUGAAACUUGGAGCCAAAUAUUGUUUUUCCUCAGAGGGUCAUCAACACACAUACCUCUUGAUGAACAGGUAAGCCAUCGCAAACAGAGCUAUUUGUAUGUCACACUCCAUGCAGAAGCAUAGAAAAACAUCAAUGGACAGUAUAUGAAACACUUUCUCUGGGAUUCAGCUUUCUAGUUAGAAUCUCUGUUUCCACUUUUUUUAAAAAAAAUCAAGUUUGACUCCUCAAGGUGAUUAUAAAGAUACACCUGGCAACAUGCAGGUAGUAGAUUCUCAGAGAUGACAUGUAAGAGGAUUAGGGGUUGGGUGGGGCUGCACAAUGCGCUAUAUAACUUCUUGCCACAAUUCACAACUGCCAGAAGCAGACUAAAAUACUCCAAGUAGUAAAAUGGCUACAUCUAUUAUGAUAAAGUUAAGACAUCAUCGUGUGCAUGCAUGCCUACUUGCAGAUCAAAGAACUCAUCUUUUCUUUGAAGAGAGUUUUGGUAUUCACACAUAUACUCCAAAGUCCAUGGUUGGAGUACUCCAAAGUCUUCCCCUCCUCUCUUUCUUUGUGAAACACAAGGUGCUGCUGGCCUGUGCUAAAUCAUGGAGGAAUGCGUAAUAGAAUCCUUUUAAUACUCAAUUAAUUUACCCACAUGUUUUGAGCCUGGAUUUUGUAAUCAAAGGACAACACAAAGUGGGGGGAGAGACCUAUAUUGAGCUCUUUGGGAUUUUCAGAGAUUUUUGUGGGAGUGGGGAGGGUGUUACUAGAUGCUGCGAUAUGGAGCACAGAGCCAGAUGUAGGCUGAAGAGCAGAAAUUAAUUCUUCUUGUGGUUUUCCGUGUACGAGAUCCAUCCCAGUAUAUAAGCACUACGGUUUGGGAGGAGGCCAGUUGUUUGGAAAGCACAAGGUCUACAGAAAAAGACACCCAGACUUUUGUGGACUGUGGUAGAUGAGGACAGGGGGAGACUGCGAUUUGGGGAGAGUGUAUCUUGUUCUAAGUAAAGCUUAAUUCCACAGAAACAGAAAAGAUGUUUGACUUUCUAGGAAAUGGCACUGCUGUUCAGAUUGCAAGUUACUCAACCUCACAAUUACUUAGGGUCAUGCAAACAGACCGAUAGCCCAUUCUAGUCCAAAGCACCGAUGUCCACAAAAACCGGACGGAUGAUUCAAGGAAGCUUCCAGGCAGGGCAUGAAGGCACUUAGCUCUUCCCCACUUUGUUUUGAUCCUGCAAAUGCAUCUCUAGCUCAUCUUUUUGGUUAACUGUGCAAAUCGUUCCUGGCAUCCUGAAAACUCAAAGAGUUACAAAGGCACUUCUCCAGUUGUGCACUCUGUGGAGAAUUCUGCUGCAAAAACCACCUUUGAAAUAUACUCAGAGUCGCAAAGUGAUUUCAUGCUCUUUAUUCAGCUCAUAGUGGUGAGGAGCAAUGAUGAUGUCCCCUCAAAGUAUCUGCUUUAUAUACAUUAUUUACACAAUGGGCUGCACAUGAUUGGCUAAUUCCGGAAUUCUACUGUAAGCCAGUCAGGUUGUGGAUUCACUUCUAUCUGGAGCAUGAUUGGGUGGUUCCUGCCAACCAAUCAUACUGCUGCAUUGUUCUAGGACCAAUCAGACUGCUGCAUUCUGAAUCCUAUUGUUCUAGGACCAAUCAGACUGCUGCAUUUUGGACCCUAUUGUUUUAGGACCAAUCAGACUGCUGCAGUUUGGAUCCUAUUCAACUCAGUACAUAACAACCUUCAUGCCUAUAGCUACCUAGAGUGAUGUGCAGAGAAGAUGUUAGGAUCUUCCAAAUAACUCCUUCAAGGGAGCAUCUGAGGCCACUGUAACUGUUUUUGUUCUUCGGGAAAUGAUAUAACCACAAAGCCAGGAUUCCCAAGAACUAAAAGGGUGGAGAUCUUGGAGGGUGAUGGAGAACUUGGUGCUGCUCCCUUAGGUUCCAAUAUUCCCAGAAACUGCAGAGAAGGAGGAGCCAGGAGAUUUGGAAUAUUACCAAAAGAAAAAUACAGCAGAUGAAGGGCUUGUGGCAGAGGGGGGGGGGGACCUGGCACCCUACUCUGCUACCUAUUUGCACAAUUCAUGUAGCAGUAUAGAGCAUUCGCAGCAAAACCUAACUGCCUUUUGCAAUACUACUUUUGCUGCUUCCCGUUCAAUACCACCAGCCUAGUCCCACACAAGUUAGGGAGGGAUCCAUGCAUGUGGAAAGCUACAAGUUCACUCCUCUAUACCACUGGUACAAGCAACCAUUCAGUAUUUCCCAACUCACUACAGUUUUUCUGUUCCAUUUUUCCAGAUUCCAGAUCAGGCUAAUGCAGCCGCAAAGGCUCCACUUGCAGUUGCAGGCACUGAUUCUAAAUCUAUCAUGUGUGCACAAUACAUUGAAAGCACAGUCCCCAAGAAUCCUGGGAACUGUAGUUUAAGGGUGCUGGGACCUCUACAUGUGAAGUGUAAAUUACAACCCCCAAGGUUCUUUGGGGGAAGCCAUGUACCUUUAAUGUAUGGUGUGGGUAUGAUGUAGUCAUUCUCUGCACUGGAGAAGAGACUCUUAGAAGGAGAUAAGAAAACAUUUCUCUGAGUUGGCAUUUUGCUUUCAGGAAGGAAAAACCUAAUGAGACAGAAAGUUUCCAUCAGUGAUUUGUGAUUUCCCACUAGAAUGGAAAAUGCUUAUAUAUGCGUGCACCGUAUAUAUAUGGUCUGGGCACGUGAGAGAGUUUUCUUGUACAGUAAUAAACUACAUUUUAAAGUUUUGGCAAAGCCAGUAGAAUAGCAGAGCAGUUGAGGCUUGUGUCACUGCAUGAAGCAAACUGCUUCCUUGGAACUCAUGUUUCCAAUUGCCUAAAAGCACUUGUUUAUGUUAUCUAUUAGGCUUUCCCUUCAGAUGCGAUGAAAUUAUGAAAUAGCCAGCCAAUGACUCUAGGAAACGUAGUGUUUUGGGGCACAUAGCACAUUUGAAUUUGGGGCUGUGUGUGUGUUUUAAGCCUAUUGAUCCUUUCACUGACUGAAGAUCCCUCCAGGAAACCCCUUGUUUUUAUUCCAUGCCUCCCAAUUGCACCUGAGGCUGCUACCACCCCACUGGAUCAUUCCAGCACCUCCCAGGGCAUGGUAUGGCUCUAGCCCUAGCUUUCUCCAUGAGUUUGAUGGCUGAGGGGAGGUUUAAACCCUGGAACCCGAGGUCCUAUUCCAACAUUCUUAACACUACACCAUACUGGCUUUCACACUCACAAACAAGCACACACACCAGCGGGAGUGUCGGCAUUGGGGGUGUAGAUUUCACCCUAACAUUUUGUCCAAAAAAACCUAUCCCCCAGGAGUGACAAACCGCUCUCAACCUAGGCAUCAGAAACAGAGGCGUUCCUGUCUUUAUUGCCAGUAGAAGACGCCAACCCAAACUCUUCCCCUGUUGCCUCUGCAAGAACUUUCCAGUAGUAAAAAAGGGAGGUUCGAACAAUAAAAGAAAUAGAGGGGGAGGGCAGGCCUUCUCAGGCCAUAAAAAUUAUAUUGGACAUCAGCUCAGUGAAUGAAGAUGCUGUCAAAUGACUGGCAAAGCAAACAUUGCCAUGUUUCUUCUCAUGUUGAGAUCAUGCGACUUACCUUUAAAUCCAAUUCUAUUGGGAUUGUCCUCUUCACUCCUUUAAACACACUCUAAACAAAAGCUACAGAAUUAUUCCUGGUAGUCGCAUGUAGUUCUUUCUAGGGAAAUAUUACCUCUAUACUUGUCAACACUCCUAGGAAAGGGUGAUGUAGUAAAUGGAUAGAGGUGUCAUAAGUAGGUGAGACACGCGGCAAAUCCAGUGAACGCUAUAGUAAACACAUGGGCUGUGCACACACCAUACAUUUAAAGCCCAUUGUUCCCCCCCAAAGAACCCUGGGAACAGUAGUUUACCUGUCAUAGAACUACAAUUCCCAGCACACUUCACAAACUACAGGUGUCCACAAUUUUGGGGGGGGUGCAUAGAGGGCACACACCAGUGGCUUUUGGAGCUGCCGGGAUCUCCGUGGAUUCCAACACCUUUUUCUUCUGUUAAGCUUUGGGGUAUCCUCCAAGGAGACACAGGGGAGGGGUCCACCAGAGGAUACCUCAUCCGAGGCUCCCUCAAACCCUCAGCUCUGUGGCUCAUAUAGGGAUGACUGAGAGAUUUGAUUCAGUUUGCUUUUUAAAAUUUGCACUUUCUAGAACAAGAUGCAAACUGAAACACAGGACAUUGCCAUAUUUUGCAGUGCACUGCUUUGGCCAAGCAAUGUGUGCAAAACUACACAUGCUAGUGUAAAUGCGCCCAAGAAUCCAUAUAUUUGUGAAAAUAACAUACAAAAAGGUGUUACUAAAUGUUAGGGGAAAUGGACAUAUGAGGGGAAAUAUGCCUUGCACAUUAUCCUUGCAUGAGAGUCAUAAUUACAUCUCUGGGUAGGAACUGGAAUGUUUAUAUUCAGUGCAUUGUCCUCCUUGAUCUCUCUGUGGAAACAGCAAUGACAACUUUGAUAUAACUACCGCUGCUCAAGCGACGCAAAAGGAAACCUCCAGAAGGCUUUGUGAAAACACUGGGUUCUCUGCAAAGAUUUAGAUGUACGGGGAAGAUUAUGCAACUGGGGCAUGUGUGUCCAUAAAGGUGUGGUUUGUUACUAACACAGGGACAGUAGCUCUUCAGUGAACCGGAGAACCGUUCAAUCCGCGUUCACCAUGCAGCCAUCAAUCAGAGGUCCGUGGAGUAAGUAAAGCAAGAGUAAGUAAACAUCUAUUGCCUGUUCAGUUGAAUGGAGGCUUUUUGUGGAGAAGGGUCAGUAGAUUGCUAUAUGGAGCCUCCAGGCUGAGAGGCAGACUACCUCUGAAUAUGCUGAGUAAGUUGGGGAGACUACCACAGAAAAGAGCUUAAUCAAUCUUCCCCUCUCUCCAAGCAGCCUUUGCAUUUCAACCAAAGCCUCCAGAUGUGCUGCUGAGGCAUCCUCAAAGGAAACCUGCAGGCCAUGUCUUCUGCCUUCGAAGAACAUGAAGUGAAAAUCAUGUCCCCUAUUUUCUCUCUCACACACACUCAGAUGCAAGCUGGCUAGGGAGGGAAUCAGGGGUGAGACCUGAGAGAGCAAGCAGACCCAUUAAGAACACAUGGUUCUGAUGGACUUUGGUAGGGUGGGUGAUCAGAGCCCACCCCUACCUUAAUUUUUGUGUCUGAAGACUUGCUUGAUAUUUGAGAGAGAGAAAAUGUCAAAUGGACUCUUAAAAGGGAAAAGCAAAGAUCUGUCUGGUAUAGAGAGUAAAGAAUCUGGUUGUAAUUCAUAGACACAUAUUACUCAGGCAUGAGCCAAGGGUGGUGCAACUUCUUUUCUGCUUAUUUAUUUAUUUUGUCACCAUCCUGAACAUUUCCCAGACACCCUCUGGUUUUCACAGUGCUGAUGUUAGCUUGCGGUGAUGAGAGAGGAUCGCUCUGUACUGAACGAAGAAACGCACAGGAAGAGAAUUGGCCACAGAUCCAGGAGCUCCUCACCGCAGUUGGGUUUGCAAUCUAUCCUCUCUACCCUGUGCUGCUGGCUCUUUGUCCAGGCACCAAAACAAAACCUUCAAAACCUUGCUGUGUCUGUUGUGCCUCUUGGGAAGUCUGUGGCUUCUGCCUCCCCUCUUGUGGGGAGUGCUUGUGGGGAGCCAUUGUUGUCCGUCACUGAUGGGGACACCGCGAUCAAUCAUGCCGUGGAGCCGUCCCAAACAACAAACUCGACACCGCAGUCUCACUGUGGUCUUGCUUAGAAGCUGCAGUAUAUACUCUGGGAUGUACACCAGAGACAAUACCAUGGCGGUUUAGACCUUGAGUCUGCAUUUCCUUCCAGUAGCUGCCAUAGAAGGAAUACAAGGGAUUUUCAUCAGCUUGCACAGCUCAAUCUCCUAGUGAGCAGCAUCCAUGCCAGUCAGUCUAGCAGUGAUGUGGAUGACCACACCUUCUGGUCAUCACCCCUGGCUUCGCAUGACCACGGAAGUACUAUGGUCAUGAGGCACAAAGAAGUAUUGUUGCUUGCAUUUUUCAGCAGCACCUAAGCCACCAAGGUAACGUCUGAAUCAGCCCUCUCUUGUCAUGAGGAAGAAUUUUUCUUUUCCUUAUUGGGUCAAUGCAGCAUGAUCACAAAGUUAAGGUUCAACUCAAGAGGUUGAAUCCAACAAAGCAACAGGCAAGGAGAAAUAUUUCCAUUCCUGCAACAGAACUUGCCCUCUCUCUCCUCCUGCAUGCAGCCUCCCACCUCCCCAAAAAAAGUGCUCCACAGAGUACUCCAGAGCAGAUUGUGUGUGUUUGUGAGUGUGUGUGAGAGAGAGUAUAGGCAAUGUAGGGUAGUUCUGCUUUGUGAGCAGUUGUGCUUCUGCAACAACUUUGUUGGACAUUCAACCAAAUGGUUGGCAUCAGAGCUGGCUCAAUUCAUUUUGCUGCCUGAAGUGGAACAGCAAAUCUCUUCCUCCCCGUCCGCCACUAUCCCAGGUGUGCCUCAUCUUUUCCUCUGGGUGGUGGGGAAGUUUGGGCUCGCUGGGGGCAUCUUGGCCAACAACUCCCCAUCUCUACCCUGCAAACACAAAAAACCUGGAGCUGGCACAGUCCAAACUAGUAAUACCAUGUUUGGGACAGCUGCUUUUUGAGACAACUGCCACCUGAAUUUGUCUUUUCAUAUAUAUUUGUAUAUAUUCCCCAUUUCCCUUUCCCAACCAAAAACAUGAGAUCUGGCAAUUUGCCUUCUCUGUUUGUAGCGCCAGUGUUUUCCCUGGCAGCUGUCUCUGUCAUUUUCUAUCUUUAGUUUUGGAUUUCAAGCAGUGGUUGGGAUGUUUACCCAUCAAUAGCCCUAGAUUCCUGGAGGGAGGAGGUUGAAAUUAGGAACUAUAAAUUAUCCAGACAAGACAAGGCAGGCACAUCGUAAGCUGCGCACUUGCCAGUGUUGAGAAGAGGAUCCUACUCCUGGCAGGCACUAAGUAAAUAACAGGCUUUGACUUGGAGCUUCAUUGCCACCGCUGAUCUCAGUAGCUCUCAUAAUUAACAGACGAACUCACUGACCUCAGUGGCUCCUUGUCAGGCUGAAACAUGAGUCAUUCCCAGCCUGUGUGCUGUGAAAUCUUGUGUACACUUCCCUGGGAGUAGGUCCACAGUGCAACUCAACUUCUCGGGAGAUGCAUAUAGAAUCGUAUCGAAAAUCAUUUAAGCAGCAGCUAUCAGAAGUUUGGAAGACGUUGGUUUAUGGCGAUAGCAUCUGGAAAUAGCACGGAGAUGAAAGUACAGAUUGUGGAGACCUUGAAGUCCAAUCUUCAGUUCCUGGGGCAGUAACACAAGAUGGCUCCCCCCUUUGCUUGAAUGUAUAGGGGGAUGUACACAGAAAGAUAGAGUUGCCUCUUACAUUAAUCGGGGAGGCCCACUUGUAACAAAUCAGUGCCACCCUGAAUUCACUUGGAAGGAUGGGGUACAAAUUUAGCACAUAACAAUAAAAUAAUAAAAUGUAUUGGGGCAUGCACGAGGAUCAGGUAGCUUGGUUCUGUUGAAAGUCAUGUUACUUUUAUAGUUACCAUGUGAGAUAUUACCGUAUUUUUCGCUCUAUAGGAUGCACUUUUUCCCUUCUAAAAAGUAAGGGGAAAUGUGUGUGCGUCUUAUGGAGCGAAUGCAGGCUGCGUGGCUAAGCCCAAAGCCAGAACAGGGAGACGGAGCACUGCGCAGUGCUCCGUCUCGCUGUUCUAGCUUGGGGUGAGCUGCGCAAAGCCUCCGCAGGGCAGCGGGGUGAAGGCACCCUGCUGCUCUGCGGAGGCUUCAAAGGCUGUCCCCGAAGCCAGAAUAGCAAGAGGCUAUCCCAGAAGCCAGAUCCCUCUUGCUGUUCUGGCUUAUGGGGUUCAGAAUUUUUUUCUUCUUGUUUCCUCCCCCCCAAACUAGGUGCGUCUUAUCGUCCGGUGCAUCCUAUAGAGCGAAAAAUACGGUAUUUCUUUGUAGAAAAGACUGAGGAAAUCUGAAUCUCAAUUCCUGCUGUGCAUGCAGGAAUGCACAACAGGGAUCUCAAUUCCUCAGUUCUUUUACCUGUGAAAUGGGAAGGACAAAGUUCAUUAGCCCUUUUCACACUUAUAACUGCUAAUUGUAUUAGCAAGCCCCACUUGUUUUGUGACAUUUCAUCACAGCAUGCUUGUUCUGUUUCUCCACCUUUAUAUCUUUGCAUAUGAGGAUGGAAGUACAAUUAUUUCACCUGCUGCUCGCAGCAGUGAUGGGGCUAAAGGGGCACAAAAAGGAGGGCUCUGCUGUCUCUGCUGCCACCAUGCACUCCUGGCCUCAGGAAAAGGGAGAUGGGUAAGCAUUGGGCUCUAUGCUGGCACCUGGGCUUUAGCACAUUUCCAGCUGAACCACUGACACUGGGGCUAACGGAUGCAGUUACUGCAUUAGCAGUUAACCCGGCUAAUUUGAAAGGCGACAUUUUCAAGGCAGAGCUUUUUAUUGCUAUCUUCCAGUAGAUGGUGCCAUCUACUGGAAACUGGGUGAAAGCGUAAUGACCAUUGUAUGUGAAGGUAGAAUUCACAAGUCAGUAAAGGGGCUCGUGCAGAUCCUUUAAAAAAAAAAAUAGAAUGAAAUUAAGCACUCAACCUGAUUUGCUUGCACAAAAUUUAUGUGGAGGUCAGAUGAUGCCAACUCUAUUUAGCAUUCAUCCUGAUUUGCUUCUGAGUUCUACCAUCAGUAAUUUACCCUAUACUUUUUAGUGCAUUGCCCUGUCACUCCCCUAACUGCAAAUAAGUCCUUUAAAAAAGUGGAUUUGUUGCACCAGAGUGCUUUAAUUCUGCUUUAAUUGGGCAAACUGACAUGGUCAGCAUGCAACUGAAUCGCUCCUGCAAAACACUGACCACAGUCCCUUCCUCUCAUAAUUGGCCUGUCAUGAUUGAAAACGUAUCGCUUUCUCCCUCCUUCUUUUGGCUUACACCAAUGACUUCAGGAGCUUGUCUUCACUCUUAUUUCUUUCAUGACUGAAGUUUCCCAAGCAAAAGCAUUAGCGAUCAGAAUAAGUGUUGCAAAAUCUGAACUGUUACAUAAAAACAAAACACCUUGAAGGAGCUCACUGCCUUUGCUUGUGAAUUAACCUACAUGCAGGGAGCGGCCUUCACGCCUCGCAGUGGAGUGAUGUUCCUCCAGCCUCAUGAGGAGCCUCUUUUGUGGGGCUAGCGAGUCUGGACCUAGGCCAUGUGGAAAGGGUCUAGCAGGGUGUGGCCUUCACGCCCCACAGCCAGGCAAAUUUAUUUCAUACCACACCAUAUGGCAGCCAUUUUGUGUUUUGCUAUGUUCUCAUUGAUAGCCAAUUGGUGGACUGACCCAUGUAGCACUUUCCCAAAAUUGGCCUGGCUCCGUAUAAGGCAGCUUCCUCUAUUCUUAUCAUAUGAAAUACCCCACUUUGUAUAUUAAUAGGAGCACAGGAUGUUCUGCAUUUAUAUCCUAAAAGGUGGGGGGGCGAAUAUCUUGAGUGAUAUGUUCAAAUGUGUUUUUACGCUUGGGGGGCUGCUGCGUCGCUUAUUCCUGAACCUUUUCUUCCUUCCAAAUGCCCUGAAGAUCCAUUGCACACCUUGACUUGCAUGAAACCUCCUCUCUCUUAUUUGCUCAGUGAACCAGACGGGGAGAAGGAAAGAAUGAAGGAAAACAGAAAUCCGGCCUGAUUACGGAGGUCCCUGUCAAGAGAAUGGCCAAGAUCUCCUCAGGUGAGGAUGAAAGGAUAGGCAGGGAAAAGCAAAGAGCCCCUGAAAACAUCCCCCCACUCGGGAAGAACUUAUCAGCCAAACCCCUGCACGGAAGUGUAUCUGCAUGAAGACGGUCAGCACCUUUCUAUUGGAUGGGUGUCACUGAGCAGAGUUUUCAAUGGAGAUGGUGUAUCCGGAUUAAGUGGGGGAAACGGAAUGGGGGAGCAUUUGGGUGUGGAUGAUGUCAUGCAGAUACAGAACUGGACUUGCGUCUUUGACAUAGCAGUUCGAAAGCACGUCAACGUGCAAGUAGAUAAAUAGGUACCGCUCCGGUGGGAAGGUAAACGGCGUUUCUGUGCACUGUUCUGGUUUCGCCAGAAUGGCCACAUGACUCGUAAAAACUGUCUGCGGACCAACGUCGGCUCCCUCGGCCAGUAAAGCCAGAUGAGUGGCGCAACCCCAGAGUCGUGACUGGACUUAAGUGUCAGGGGUCCUUUACCUUUACCUUUUUAAAAGCACUGCACACUGCCAUGUGAUGUGAAAGUGCUUCAUCUUAUCAAUGGUCACAACUCCUGAAAUGAAUGGAUGGCUCCAAUUCUCCAUUUGCUGCCUUCCUUCAAACAUUAACAUUUGUGUAUGUUCUAAGAUGUUUAAAAUAGUCAAAAAGAUGACAGCUUUUAAUUCUUCCGAAUUUGAUACCUACUUUAGAUUUUUAAAGGCUGACUCCCAAAGUUAUUUCAGGUGAAAUAGAUGGAUUUAGACCCAUUGCUUGGCCGAAUGUUAAACACACACACACACACACACACACACACACUUCAGUGGAAACUGCAUGCAGCUGAGCAGCUCACAUUCGGAGCAUCAACACAGAAAGGAACAGAAAGAAAGCAACACAAAUAUUUUGACGGAAGUGUCUUAGGAAAGCGAUUUUAAAUCAUUGACACCUAGGUUCUGAAAAUGGUAUUGCCUGUAUUGGUGUGAGGGAUGGGGUCCCAUGGCACAAAUUCCAUGUUGUCCCAGUGCAAAGGAAAAGAGCUAAGAUCUUCUCCCUUACUAUAAUGUCCAAACAAGAUGGGAUGGGGAAGAAGAAUGAGAGGUUUGUAGAGAGUCUUCAAUAAUUUUGCCAAGGAAAUUCUUAUGGUUCAGGGCUUCACUCUGUUAGCCUUUCUUGUACAGUGGUGCCCCGCAAGACGAAUGCCUCGCAAGACGAAAAACUCGCUAGACGAAAGAGUUUUCCGUUUUUUGAGUCGUUCCGCAAGACGAAUUUCCCUAUGGGCUUGCUUCGCUAGACGAAACGUCUUGCGAGUUCUUGUGAGUUUGUUUCCUUUUUCUUAAAGCCGCUAAGCCGUUAAUAGCCGCUAAGCCGCUAAGCCGUUAAUAGCCGCUAAGCCGCUAAUAGCCGCUAAGCCGCUAAUAGCCGUGCUUCGCAAGACGAAAAAACCGCAAGACGAAGAGACUCGCGGAACGGAUUAAUUUCGUCUUGCGAGACACCACUGUACAUGGAGAUCCUUUAUGAAAGGCAUUCAGGCCCAUCAAACAAAUCUGUACUGAGAUACACAUACUGUAUCACCAUUUUUACUGCUGGAACUGCUCUGAAUCUGACUUCAGGAAGAACGUGUUUUAACUGCGCAGUGUCCUGGAAAAGACACUCUGUAUUGGGAAAGAAAGGAACUGAGUUCCCUCCCAUUUUACACUUUCCUGAUGUUCCAAAUGACCAGUACCUUGGAGUUAUGAUUUGUGUUGUUGUCAGGAUUCUAACUGGCCUGUAACUGACCUAAGAAUUCUGCAGAGCAGUUGCGGCUGUGGCUGGCUGCUCAGGCGAACGUCAGCUCAGUGGCCAGCAGCUCAGUCUUCUUGAGGCUCAGGAACACCUAGCAAAUACCUGCUCUGUUCCUGGCACGCUAGACUCUAGCUGAGAAAGGCAUUUCACGUAAGUUUAUGGAUUAAACAUUCCUCACUAUGCCAUCAGGUGUGUUUAUGCUCAGUGGAAAAGGAUAGCUGCAGUAAAGGUAAAGGGACUCCUGACCAUUAGGUUCAGUCGUGACCGACUCUGGGGUUGCGGCGCUCAUCUCACUUUAUUGGCCGAGGGAGCCGGCAUACAGCUUCCGGGUCAUUAUUAAGCCACUUCUAGCAAACCAGAGCAGCGCACAGAAACGCCGUUUGCCUUCCCGUCAGAGCGGUACCUAUUUAUCUACUUGCACUUUGACGUGCUUUCGAACUGCUAGGUUGGCAGGAGCAGGGACCGAGCUCACCCCGUUACGGGGAUUUGAACCGCCAACCUUCUGAUCGGCAAGUCCUAGGUUCUGUGGUUUAACCCACAAAACAGCGAAAUCAUGAGCAGCUUCCCAUCCACAACAGGUUGCUGAGGUUCUGGCCAUUUUCUCAGGAACAAUGCAACAGUAGAUUAAAUCAGUAGCAGUUUGCUGGAAGAAAGUAUGUGUGGAUCAGAUGUCUCUACCUAACCAGGGGGUGGGAGAGAGCAGGGGAACUCUCUCUUUUGCUGUUUCUUUCUGUGCAUGGAAGGAAGAAUGCAGGAGGGAGGAUGUCCUUCAAUGACUAGACAUGCUUGUUAUUCCCUCUCUCACUGCAUCUUGUCUUCUCUUUUGUUUCCAGGAUGUCUGCCAAGGUCUCCCCUGCUCCCCUCCUCUCCAAACCCCCCAUGCAGGUGAAAGAAGGCUCCCUGGUGGUCAGGUGGCUGAGAUUAGUGUCCGGUCUCCAGUUGUGUGCAUUCCUGAUAGAUAUUGUGGCCUGGAUUUUGUGCAUUGCCUCAACAGCCGUUGUCAACUGGCGAGUGUGGCGUGUGGAAAACAUCAAGGGGAUUGGCUCUGGAAACAUCUGGAUUGGAAUCUGGCAGGUCUGUUUUUUGAAAGACCCUUCUAACGACGGAAAUUAUUAUUACCAUUGUGAAGAGCUCCAUGAACAACAUCCAACCCUCCCGAGGGAAAUUUUUAUUGCUCAGGAUUUAAUGGCAUUAGCUGCCAUUAUGAAUUCAGUGGCCCUGGGAUUAAUUUCAUUUGCCUUGUACAAUGUGUUUAAGCCCAGAAAACAUAAGGAUUUUCUCUUAACCUUUUUUGGGCUUGGAGCUCUGCUGAACUUACCAGCAGGGAUACUCGUCCUGAUUUCCGUGAUAUGGAACAUGUCUGCCGUCUUACAAAAUGGGGAAAUUGACUUCCCUGAAACUUUUGAAUUGCCUCAAAUUCCCAGCGAGCAGCACAUUGGACCUUCUAUUUAUCUAGGCUAUAUCGCUGCAGGUUUCCAGCUGCUGAGUGCAGCAUUGGUUGGGAUUGAGAGAUGUUGCAUCAGGACCACUGCAAGCAAGAGUCUAACUACUUGUACAAAGUGUGGUUCUCUCCUGGAUCUCUCCUCCGCAGUUGAGAUGGAGGAAAGCUGUGCAAGUGAUCUUGUAAUUCCAGAGGAAUCCUGCGUAGUAGAGAUGGAGUAAAGCCGUAUGCCCCAAAGCUCACCUGAAGGACAUCAAAGCCAACCUGAUGUCCCCAAACAUACAAUUAUAUAUGUGAUUCGCUUCAACUGUAAAGACUAAACUAUCAGAUCCAGAUCCACACACAUCGCUCCAUACACGCAUGGAUCUGCGUGGAUCGGGAUAUGAUAGUUUUGUUUUGGGACUUCAGGUGGGCUUUGAUGUCCUUCAAGUGAGGAGGCCUCUUUUUUAUGACUAGUAGUUAUUUAUUUAUUUAUUUAUUUAAGAUUUUGUUGAUUUACAAAAGUGUGCAAUGUCUCUCUCUCAUGUCCCCCCCCCCCCCAUGUAACACUUUUACAAAUCAUUUUCAUUUGUUGAGGGGGG